AUGAUCAUUGAUGAGGAUAACAAAGGUGUUCCUAUUGCGUUCAUUCUUUUUACUUCACCCAAAUAUAAUCGUCUAACAUCAUCUGGAUAUGAUAGCAAGAUCUUAGAAUGGCUUUUUACAAUCUUUCGGGAUAAAAUUAGUGAUAAUUAUAAUAAAAAUCAACAUUUAUCAACCUCAAUUAUAUUUAAGCCCCUUGUUGCGAUGACCGAUGCUGAUGUCAAAGAGCGAAAACCAUUAGCAAAAAUAUGGCCAGGAAUUAUUUUGCUUCUUUGCCGUGGUGGUGAUAAUAAGAUAAUUCUGUUGCGACAAACCGUAAAAAUGUUUUUAAAAAGUGUUUUAAAGGAGGCUCAGUCGAUGAAUUGCAGUGAGCAGAUGGUGCGUGAACAUAUUAUUAAAAAACAAGAAUUAUUAGAAAGUAUCUAUAAAGUGGAAACUGUUUUAGAAAAUCAAAAAAUUUUAGAAGACGGCUUAAAAUUUUUUACGGACCUAAUAAAACAGUGGGCUGGCGAUCUUUUGUAUAAAGUUCUUGGAAUUCCUCUAGAAAAACUCUCUACUACAAAUAAUCAUCUCGAAAGAAUGAAUGAAUACUUAAAAAACAAUCAAUUAAACCGUUUUCAAAGAAAUCAUCACCUUCUUAGAGCCGAUGUACUUUACAUUGCACUUGUGUAUGAAGUUAUACCAAAUAUUUUGACAUUACGAAAUCUUGCUAAGAACCUUGAACGUGAAAAAGAGGAAUGA